GCCGCGGCCCGGAGGCAGCGCCAUGGACCGCCCGGGCUUCAACCUGUCGUCUCUGCCUCUCAUCGCCAAACUGAACGAGAAAAGCCGCAGCGACUUAAACAAGUACUUGGCCAAACAGAUCUGGACCCGGCAGGAUCGCCAGUGCAUCCUUAAUGUUUUAGCUCAGUUGCUGUUGGAUAAAGAGUGCACACUGCUGAUUGGGCGCCACCUGCGUCCUAUACUGUUGGAUCUGCUUGAACGCAAUGCUCAGGCAGCUAAAGGCGAUGGACAGUUCAACCACGAUGCACACGAGAGGCUCUGCGUGGCAAUGAGCAGGCUUGUUGAUAUCAGUCCUGAUGUCAUUCCGUUUGCUCUGAGGUACUUUAAAGAUUCCCCACCAGUGUUUCAGAGGCUGUUUUUGGAGAGCUCGGAUUCCAAUGUGGUCCGAUAUGGUCGGAGACGUAUGAAGCUCCGAGAUCUCAUGGGGGCAGCAUGUCGACUACUGAAAGAAAACAGGACGACAUUCAGUGAGCUGUGGGACUGGAGUGCCUGCAUUCCCUUGUUGAGGAGUCAUGACACGAUGGUUCGAUGGUACACUGCUAAUUGUCUUGCAAUAGUAACGAUUAUGAGUGAUGAGCAGAAGAACCAUUUUUACAAGAAGAUUCUUACCACGGAAGAAUUGAUCAAUUUCAGACUCAAGUUGUUGGAAGAGGAUCUGCUGCAGAAUGUGGAGAGGGCUCUGAUGCUGGCAAACCCCGAGACAGCUUUCUGGCAGGAAGAGAAACGGUUACAGUACACACAAGGGCAAAUAGUAUCUGAUGAUCUGUCUGAGAGUGUCAUCGCUGUAUGUGGAGUUGUGUUACCAAAGAAACAACAUGUCCCGCAAGACCAGAGUAACAUUAACUCUCCUGUGUUAGUGGCUUCAACCUGCAACUAUCUGCGGAGCCUGGCGAUGGCAGUGGCUUCUCAGAAUGCUGUGCUAUUGGAGGGACCAAUUGGCUGCGGUAAAACUGCCCUCAUAGGUUAUUUAGCAGGUUUGACAGGACGACAGAAACCACCUCACUUUCUCAAAGUGCAACUUGGAGACCAGACCGACAGCAAGAUGUUGCUGGGAAUGUAUCGCUGUGCAGAUGUUCCAGGAGAGUUUGUGUGGCAGCCUGGAUCAUUGACUCAAGCAGUGACCAAUGGACACUGGAUCCUCCUGGAGGACAUUGACUACGCACCCUUAGAUGUAAUAUCGGUGCUGAUACCUCUCUUGGAGAGCAGAGAACUCCUGAUUCCUGGCCGAGGCGAUUGCGUAAAGGCAGCACCCGGCUUCCAGUUUUUUGCAACUCGAAGAUUGUUUAGCAGCAGCGCUGGUUGGUACAGACAGCAAAACACUCACGCUACUCUGCUGGACAAGCUCUGGACCAAAAUACAAUUGGACAACAUGAACAGGACAGAAUUAAAAGAAGUGUUGGUACACAGAUAUCCAAGUCUAGCCGUUGUAAUAGACCUUCUUUUGGACAUUUAUUGCCAACUUACUGGCAAUAAACAUCAAGAGCCAGACAACAGAAUUUCUGAGAACAAAAGCACAUUUAAUGAAUGUGCAUCAACAACAGAAGCAACAGCCAUAUCGCUUGAGGGAAGAGGAUUAUCUUUAAGGGAUUUAUUAAAAUGGUGUGAGCGGAUAGCUUGCAAUUUUGACAGCACAUCCACCUCUACAGCACUCAGUGUCUUCCAAGAGGCACUUGAUUGUUUCACGGCCAUGAUGUCUAAACUGGGAAGCAGGCAGACAAUGGCUGAGAUCAUUGGGAGCAAACUGAACAUCUCCAAAGAAAAGGCGGAGUUCUUCUGUCAGCUGUACAAACCAGGAAUUCUCUUCAGUGAGAUGGAAGUGACCGUUGGACGAACGGUUGUGCCACGGAGAAGUAGAGACGUGAUCCUGUUACAGGGAGAAACCCAGACGUUUGCAGCCACACGACCUUCAUCUGUGCUACUGGAGCAACUCUCUGUCUGUGUUAAUAAAGAGGAGCCUGUCUUAUUGGUUGGCGAGACAGGCACAGGAAAAACAUCUACUGUGCAAUACCUGGCCAGAAUUACAGGACACAAAUUGAGGGUUGUAAACAUGAAUCAGCAGAGUGACACAGCAGAUCUACUUGGCGGAUACAAGCCUGUAGAUCACAGACUACUUAUGCUACCUCUACGAGAAGCUUUUGAGGAGCUUUUCAUUCAGACCUUCUCCAGGAAGCAGAAUGUGACCUUCCUGGGCCACAUUCAGGUGUGCAGUAAGCAGAAGCGUUGGCAUGAUCUACUCAAGCUGAUGCAACACGUGUACAAAACAGCUGUAGAUAAGGAACUGAAAUCCAAAGAAAAUGGAUCUUGGCUGAGGGAGAAAUGGGAAUUACUUGGCCUACGUCUUUCUCAGGCUCAGCAACAGAUGAAAUUGACUGAAUCGACACUGAUAUUUGCCUUUGUGGAGGGUACUUUGGCCCAGGCAGUAAAGAAAGGAGAGUGGAUCUUAUUGGACGAGAUAAAUUUGGCUGCAGCAGAGACCCUGGAGUGUCUGAGUGGGUUACUGGAGGGGAACACCAGCUCUCUGAUAUUGCUGGACAGAGGAGACACAGAGCCGAUACAACGUGACCCAGAGUUCCGCUUGUUUGCUUGCAUGAAUCCAGCAACUGACGUAGGAAAGAAGAAUCUGCCUCCAGGUAUAAGAAACAGGUUUACAGAACUGUAUGUAGAAGAACUAGAGAACACUGGAGAUCUGCGAAUCCUCACGUCUGAUUAUCUGAAGGGGUUAUAUAUCAGCAAGAAAACCAUUCAAGGCAUCAUCGACUUUUACUUAACAGUACGUAAGGAAGCACAUACCAAACUAACCGAUGGUACAGGGCACAGACCUCACUACAGCCUUCGAACUCUUUGCCGGGCUCUUAGGUUUGCAGCUUUGAACCCCUGUAGCAGCGUUCAGCGCUCUCUGUAUGAGGGUUUCUGCAUGAGUUUUCUAACUCAGCUGGACCGCACAUCUCACCCAGUAGUUCAGAAGCUGAUCUGUCAUCAUAUUAUUGGCAGUGGUGCUAAGGCUGUGCUCAACCAGCGAAUCCCAGAACCUAAAGAUCGGAGUACAAUGUUGAUUGAAGGCUACUGGAUUACAACGGGGGAUAAAGAGUCCGUCAUUGACCAGUCUUACAUUCUCACUUCCUCUGUCAAACUCAAUCUGCGGGACCUAGUGAGAGUUGUUGCUGCAGGGAUACAUCCGGUGCUUAUUCAAGGCGCUACUUCAGUUGGGAAAACGAGUUUGAUCUGGUGGUUGGCUUCUGCAACUGGAAACCACUGUGUGCGGAUUAACAAUCAUGAGCAUACAGACAUUCAGGAAUAUAUUGGAUGUUAUGCGUCUGAUGCUACAGGAAAACUCAUGUUCAAAGAAGGUGUGCUCAUUGAUGCUAUGAGAAAGGGCUACUGGAUUAUUCUAGAUGAACUGAACUUGGCUCCAACUGAUGUUCUGGAAGCACUUAAUCGACUGCUUGAUGACAACCGAGAGCUCCUUAUAACUGAAACCCAGGAGGUGGUAAAAGCACAUCCAAGAUUCAUGCUUUUUGCAACUCAGAAUCCUCCUGGGUUAUACGGAGGCAGAAAGGUAUUGUCGAGGGCUUUCAGGAACCGUUUUGUGGAGCUGCACUUUGAUGAGCUGCCUAGUGCUGAGCUGGAGAUAAUCCUGCACAAGAGAUGCAGUUUGCCACCGUCUUACUGCACAAAGCUGGUUAAAGUCAUGUUGGAUCUGCAGUCUCGCCGUAGAGGAUCGAGUGUUUUUGCUGGAAAACAUGGGUUCAUUACUCUACGAGAUCUCUUCAGGUGGGCUGAGCGUUACAGACUGGCAGUUCAGACUGAAAAAGAAUACGACUGGCUUCAGCAUUUAGCCAAUGACGGUUUCAUGCUCUUGGCUGGCCGUGUGAGGAAAUCAGAAGAAGUUGCUGUUAUUCGGGGAGUUCUUGAAAAGCACUUUAAAAAGAAACUGAAUCCUGAAGCUUUGUUCUCGGAAAGAAAUCUUAAGAAACAAUUAAGCCACUGGUCGGAAAUCACGGCAGUUCUGCCUGAUGAGUUUUGCCAUGUUGUAUGGACACGUGGGAUGCGAAGGUUAGCAGUUCUGGCAGGACGAGCUUUGGAGUUUGGAGAAGCCGUGCUGCUGGUUGGAGAAACUGGGUGUGGGAAAACAACCAUUUGUCAGCUGUUUGCGGCUUUGGCCCAUCAGAAGCUGCAUUCUGUGAACUGCCACUUGCACAUGGAAACAUCCGAUAUCCUUGGUGGUCUAAGGCCUGUCCGACAUAGUUCCAAUGAAAAGGACACCUCAGACACUGGCAGACUGUUUGAAUGGCACGAUGGACCUCUUGUGCUUGCCAUGAAGGAAGACGGCAUGUUCUUGAUGGAUGAAAUCUCGUUGGCAGAUGACUCUGUGUUGGAAAGACUGAACAGUGUCCUAGAAAUUGAAAAGACCCUCGUGCUUGCAGAAAAGGGAACUGGUGAUGACGAUGAUGUAGAGUUAAUCACUGCUCAGAAACAGUUUAGGAUACUAGCCACCAUGAACCCUGGUGGGGAUUUUGGGAAAAAAGAGCUUUCUCCAGCCCUGCGGAACAGAUUCACGGAGAUCUGGUGCUCUCCAAGCAAUAGCCGUGCUGAUCUGAUGGAGAUCAUUCAACAUAACCUUCGUCCUGGACUUUCUCUGGGUGGAAAAGAUGAUAAAGGCAAAAGCAUAGCAGAGCUUAUCCUGGAUUUCAUUGACUGGUUAACCAAUCAGGAGUUUGGGCGUCGAUGUGUACUCAGUAUUCGUGAUAUCCUGUCUUGGGUAAACUUCAUGAAUAUUACAACUAAAAGCAAGAGUGCAGAAGAUAUGGAUGAAAGCAAAGGUUUUAAUCUUGAUCCUGUGACUGGAUUUAUACAUGCUGCUUGCCUUGUCUGUAUCGAUGGAAUUGGAUCAGGGGCUGCAUUCUGUGCUCCAGAUGCAGCUUUGGCUGCUCGUAAAGCAUGCUUGGAUUUUAUUUUAAAAAAGCUGUCUAAAGUUACAACAUUGAAAAAAGGCAUCCUGAAUACACUGAAUAUUUAUGAUGAAAAAUGCAGGAAGAAGAUUGUAUGUACUGAAGAGAGCUUUGGAAUUCACCCAUUUUUUAUUCCUCGAGGGGUUAGUGGAGAGAGGAGUGAACUUUCAGACUAUGCACUGAAUGCUGGCACAACAGCUGUGAAUGCUCAGCGUUUGCUACGCGCCCUGAAGUUGAACCGACCGAUCCUGUUGGAGGGAUCGCCGGGAGUUGGGAAGACGAGCUUGGUAACUGCUCUGGCAAAGGGUUCGGGAAACCAGCUAGUUCGCAUCAACCUCUCAGAACAAACAGAUGUGACUGACUUGUUUGGAACAGACCUGCCUGUUGAGGGAGGCAAAGGAGGAGAAUUUGCCUGGCGUGACGGCCCCCUACUUGGAGCCUUGAAGGCUGGACACUGGAUUGUUCUGGAUGAGUUAAAUUUGGCUUCCCAGUCUGUGCUGGAAGGACUGAAUGCCUGCUUUGACCAUCGUGCUGAGAUCUUUAUCCCCGAGCUGGGACUCCACUUCAAAGUGCAACAUAAGAGGACGAAGAUCUUUGGCUGUCAGAAUCCAUACAGACAAGGAGGUGGAAGGAAAGGCCUUCCCAAAUCCUUUCUCAAUCGGUUCACACAGGUUUACGUGGAUCAGCUUCCAACUGCAGACAUGGAGUACAUUGCUGACACCAUCUUUCCUGCUAUUGGUAAAAACAUCAUCGCUAAAAUGGUCCAGUUUAACAACAAGAUUAAUCAAGAAGUAAUGGUGGAAAGGAAAUGGGGACACAGAGGAGGACCUUGGGAGUUUAACAUGCGUGAUCUCUUCAGAUGGUGUCAACUGAUGUUGGUGGAUCAGGUGCCUGGGCACUAUGAUCCUGCCCAGCACAUAGCUUUGGUGUAUGCAGACCGGAUGAGAACUGUAGCAGACAAGAAUAAUGUUCUUGCUGAAUUCAAGAACACGUUUGGUUCAAGAGGUGGUAAAAUUCAAUCUUGCCCCUAUGUUGGAUCUCGAAAAUUUCACGUUACUCCUCAACACAUUCAGGUUGGCUAUUCAAUCAUUUCUCGCAGUACGUCUGGUAUCCAUUGCUCAAGCAAGCAGCUGUCCAUUCUUCACCACUCGCUUCAGCCACUGGAGUCGGUCAUGAAGUGUAUCCAGAUGUCUUGGAUGGUCAUUCUGGUGGGGCCAGCUGCCAGUGGCAAAACCAGCUUAAUCCAGCUAUUGGCGCUUCUCACCGGUCAAAGUUUAAAAGUCAUGUCAAUGAACAGUGCCAUGGAUACCACAGAGCUUCUGGGUGGAUUUGAGCAGGUUGACAUAAUGCGGCCUUGGCAGAUACUGGUUGGGAAGAUCAAGGAUGCCGUCUAUGCUGUCUCCAGAAAUGUGCUCUUGUCUGUUGACUCUUUCCCUGAUGACGGCAGCAUUCUCCUCAAAGUCUGGAACUCGUUCCUCACCAGUCACUUUCAUUGCCUGAGUGCAGAGCGUGGAGCUGGUAUCUCCCCGGAUGCAAUGAGCAAACUGGAGGGGCUACUGAUCCUUCUGCAGCGUUUCAACAGCAAACUGAGCACCUUCUCGCCAAGCGAGUUUUCUGAAUUGAUCACUGAAUUCCAGCACUUUAAGUGCCAACUGAGCCAGGCAAUAGACGGUCAAAGCCGUGGCACGUUUGAGUGGGUUGACGGGAUGCUUGUGCAGGCAUUACGGUCUGGAGAUUGGCUGCUCUUGGACAAUGUAAACUUCUGCAGUCCUUCUGUGCUCGAUCGUCUGAAUGCCCUCCUGGAGCCUGGCGGAGUACUUACCAUUAGUGAAAGAGGAGUGAUAGAUGGCACCAACCCAACAAUUGUCCCGCACCCAAAUUUCAGGCUCUUCAUGUCUAUGGAUCCAGCCAAUGGUGAAAUUUCUCGGGCAAUGAGAAAUCGUGGGAUUGAAAUCUAUAUUCCUGGAGAGAAUGAUGAGAUCUCGUUUGAUCAGCAAGAUGUUAAAGCACUGCUACAUGGGAUAGGAUUGGUGGGAGACGGUCCAUGUUCUGAACUGAUGUCAUUGUAUUCGGAAAUUAAAGCAGUGACAGGAGGUGGUGGUUCUUCCAUCUCUUCCCUUCUUCAUGCCGCUGCUCUUGUUGUUCAGCAGCUACAGCGAGGUCUGAGCUUGCCAAAGGCAUUCCACCGAGCUUGCUCCAAAGCGUUUAUCAGCUCACAGCGCACUCAAACUCACCAGAAGGAGGUGCAAGAGCUGGUGGAGAAUCACAGUCUCACUUUGGCAUCACAUGAAUCUUGGGCUGACAACUUGUUGUCUCUAAGGCUGUGGCCAGAUUCGGUUCCAUCAGCACUGUUUACAGUAGAGGACUCUAUGCUUUCCAUGGUGCAUCGAGAUGGCCAGGUCCUCGCCUACUGUUUGAACCAGUUGAGUCUCAGCAAGACCAGAUCUCGACCUUUGACUCUCUCUGAUCUGAAGCUCGUUCUCCAAUCCUCAAACACCGAGGGUCUUUUAUUUCGGAGUGAUGAAAUGCUUGUUGAGGAGACAGACAAGUCCAGUGUGGUCUCGGCUGCUGUCAGGCUGGUCACAGAGAAAGCUUCUAAUCAGGAUUGGCUGUUGAGGGUUAGAUGGCUGCAUCACAUGGCAAAAAGUUAUAAGCAGCUGCCAGAGUUGGUGCGUGCACAGCUGGAGGCAGGGGCGACUGCUCUUAAUGCUGUUUACUCGAGUGUCUUACCUGCAGGAAUGAAAGGAAUUGUUCAGAAACUGCAGCUCUGUGCAGAUGCAGGCCCAUCAGUUCCCUUGGAUCCACGAUGGAACCAGCAGUAUUUGGAUAUUCUGCUGAAUUCAGUGGCCUAUUCUGGGGAGUUUAAAGAUGGACAGCAGUGUUCCAAAGAACUACUUUUAGAGUUGAGCUCUGUUGCUAACAGGGUGGCACUUCUGAUGGACAGAGAGGAAAGGCAGUAUGUGGAGAAGACACUACUGGCUUCUGAAGCAACCAAGACAUCUUUGAGGAGCAGCACAUUAAAGAUAUCUGUUGCAUUUCGCAAAGGAAUGAUAAACUUCGAUAACCUGCCUCACCCAGUCAUCGCUCAUCUUGCUGCUUUCUUUGAUCUCCUGGAUGCCUCUGUACUGCACUGUAUAAAAUCUCAUGGGUCAGAACUGCUGGAUAAUGUCUUCCAUCAGGCAUUGUGCAACACACUUUGGCGGGAUCGACUCUGGGAGCUGUCAAACAGAAUCACAGCAGAUGCCGAAGGUUUGGCCUUGCUCUCACUGCACUGGCACUGGGUGAUGAAACACCUGCUCAAAGAUCUUUCCGCACAGCUUACUGGGGACUCUCAGUACGAACUGUCUCAAGAACUUCAGGUAGUUUCUAGUAACCUGCAGAGCCACCUGUCGAGCCCCAGUGGAGUAACUGCCAGUAUAAAGAAAAUACAGAAAUCAUUGGGCAGACCCCUACCGUUCAAGGUUGAGUGUGUUGUGGAAUGUGCAUCAAAACUGAAACUUGUCAGCUCUGCUCUGGAUGUGGUGGGGCUCGGACAAAAACACACCCAAACCACACGUACCGAGGAUUAUCUACACAGAAUGAGAGCGGCAGUCACCGACUGGAAAAUCAAGAAGAACUUGGUGUUAGCAGGGGGGCUCUUAUUGAGAGCAAAUCACUUAGCAGAAUCUAACUGUGAUGUGGCACAGUGCCUGGUGGAUGCUCAAAUAUUGGAGUUAAGGUCUCAAGGACUUUUAAGCUCCCCAAAUUCUGAAGACUUCGAGCUGAAGGAACUUGCGGAUGUACCUCACUUGGAGGAAGCGUGUUGUAACCAGCUGUCCAGCAGAGUUCAGCUGUGGCCUGCAUUAGAAUAUCUGGCCUUGCUCUGUAAAUUUAAAGUGAGCGCAGACCUGCUGCAUCUAUCACUGGCCUCCAGGGUCAAACCAGACCAAGCAGCACUGCGUGCUGACCUCUGUCAAAUCAUAACCUUCUGCCUGAGAGUCACUCCAACUCCUCCCGAAGAACUCCGAGGAUUUUGGUAUUUAGCGCACACUGAUGAGCUGUCUCCUGAACAAUUGAAUUUGCUCUCUUCCGAGCUGUUGUCAACUGUGCUCAGAUCGUUUUGGACCAGCAGUGUGACUACAGAGCCUGACUGUUGGCUAACAUGGAAGCCUCAUAGACCGAUAGAAGAGAUCCAGCGACUGGAGACUGUUGUGGACAAAUCACUGAAGGGUCCUGGCAUCUUGAGCAGAGCUGUCCAGCCAAAGUGUUUCUUUGAGAUUCUGACCAACAGCAGCCAGUUUGUUCCCUGGGACGCCAGUGGAGUCAGCAUGGUAACGUCAUCUCGGGUCACUUUGGGAGAGUGGCUACAGAAGACAUGGCAAUUGCAGGAAGUCAGCGCCCUCCUGUGGACCAACAUGGCCGUUAACUCUUUUGCAGGAUUUGGGACCACUGAUUGCAGAUUGCAAUGUAUACUCCUGCUUAAACAGCUUCGUUCAAUAAAGGAUAUUUUGCCCAGAGAGCUCCAGGAGGAAUACUUACAGAACUGUGAUCACAUCGCCUUCAACAAAGAUACCACGGCUGCCUGCCACGUUCAGAGUUUGCUUAGAAGCCUCACUGGCCAGGGGCCACUGCCCGAGGAGAUUAUUUCACUGCUUGUCAUGUGCAUCCAGCUAUUUGUUGGUGAAAAGAAGGAGUUUGAAAGCCUAUCAGAGCAGGCUCAGAGUGGCUGUCUGUGGGGUCAUCUGGGAUUACUGCAAAUCCACCUUUGGGUACCACAGACCAUGUUUGAUCCUGCUGUUAAGAAGCGGUACAAAUUGAACUACUUCAUAGAGGAGCUGGAAGUCUUACAGAACGAAUGGAGGAGCCGGAGUUUGUCAGAGCAGUCCCUGACUGGCCAAGAGCUAGAGGAGGAGGAAGACAACAAGCACAGUCACCCCCGUAUAAGGUUCUUACAGCAGAGAAUCCGUCAUCUGAAGGAGCAGAUUGUGGAGCUUUCUAGAAAACAAGCGCACCGUCCUGUCAUCUGCCAGUACAGCCGGCUCCACCAGGACGUGCGGCACUACAUCAGCAGCAUCACGCAGACCUCCAGGGUCAAGACUCUCCUUACCCGAUUGCUGCAGGUCCUGCACGGGAAGCGGCCCAAAUCCCGGCAGAGCGUCCAGGCAACACUACACGAAGAGGCUGCCUGGCAGCAGUCAAACCAUCAGUUCAGGAGGCGCAUAAUGGAAGAGUACUCGCUGUAUCCUGACGUUGUAGGUCCACUACACGCUGCCAUUUUGCAGAUGCAGCAUGGGGUGAGAAUUGUGGCGUCCGAAGUUUCCUUGUCACUGAGCAGUAAAUUUGUGAAACAGACCGACCUCACCAGCCUGGUCUCCUGCCUGGUGGCCUUCCCUUCCAUCAGUGAGGUCUUCCCCACGUAUUUUGCCCAUGCAAAUGCACUGUGCUCGAGGACCACCGUGGACACACUGAGGGGUCUCGACAAGCUCCUGGCCAAGGGUUCCUCGGGAAGUCGGUCUGAAGGAAAGUCGCUGGCUGGGGGUCAGAGGUCGCUGCCCACAAGAGAGCAGCUGCUGCUCAAUGCUCUGCUGUAUCUGCGCUGUCACGUGCUCUCAAAGGGAGAUCUGGAUCAUGAGUCAACCCAGCUUUUCAGGCACAUCUGUCAGGCAAUAGUCAAUGCUUGGGAUGAGCAGGAGAGACGUGCCAAAGAGAAGGAAGAGCAGGAGGCCAGUCUGUACAGGUACAAGAGCAAGCAGCAUGGGUCAGGGCUAACCGAGGAAGAGGAGGAGGAGAGAGAAUUCAACCAGAACUUUCCACAAUAUAACAAGGACUUUGCCGAUGUUGUGUCCCAGCCUAGUCUUGAACAAGAGAUGGUCGUUGAAGUGGAGAGGGAACCCGUUAAAGCAUCAGACUCCAUUCUCAUAUCGCGGAGUUCGAUGCAAACUAUCAUCAAGAUUCACCAGCAACUCUAUCUAGGAUUAACCAAAAGCAUGUGGUACCAGCAGCCUGCACUGGCACAUCAGUGCAAGGACUACCUUAGUGCCUUUAUUUCCUCUCACCAGAAUGCAGCAAUGCUAAUCACCCGGUUCUAUCCUCUGAUGGAUUCUUCAUUGAGUGACCAGCUUCACGGCAGUCAGUUGUUGAUUAGUUCUCUAAUCCAAAACGCAAUCAGUGGAGAUCUGACCUCUGAGCUGGUCCUACCACAGGACGAUUUAUAUGACAUCUAUCAACAUCCAAAUAUUGAGCAGGCAAAGCAGUGCCAACCAGUGUUGGAAAACUUCACCAAACGAGUGAAGGAACUGCUGCAGGAAUGGCCUGACCAUCCAGCUCUGAUGCAGCUGUUGAUGGUAAUAGACCGGAUUUGUAGCUUCUCCCUCUCCAACCCUCUUCCCAAAUUCAUGAAUGGCUUGGAGAUCCUCCUCAGCAAAUCCCAGGACUGGGAAGAGAAUGCCAGCCGCUUCGUGUCCUUGAGGCAGCACCUUGAUGCGGUCAGUCAGCUGAUCAUCCAGUGGCGCAAGCUGGAGCUCAAUUGUUGGUCAAGCAGUCUUGACAAUGUGAUGAAGAAGCAUUUGGAGAAGUCAAGCAGGCACUGGUUCUCGGUCUACCAGUUAAUUGAAAAAUACCUUCAGGAGCAGGCGGAGGACAACUUGGAAGAAACUGAGGAGCACAUGACUUUGUCGGAGGUGCUCCGGAUGCUACAAGCUUUUAUCGAAGGAGCUACGUUGGGAGAGUUCCACUUUCGGCUGGCGAUGCUCUUAGCAUUCCACUGUCACGUUUUGGCAAUGCCACAGCAAGAGGGCAAAGAUUCCUUGUGCAGUAUCCUUUGGAAUUUAUACAUCUACUACAAACAAUUUUCGGAGUCUGUUCAGGCUAAAUUAACAGAGCUGCGUCAUCCUAUAGAGAAAGACCUGAAGGACUUUGUUAAGAUCAGCCGAUGGAAUGACGUCAGCUUCUGGUCCAUGAAGCAAUCUGUUGACAAAACACACAGAACCCUUUUUAAGUUUAUGAAGAAAUUUGAAGCUGCCCUGAAUGGCCCAUGCCGUCCAGCAUUAACAGAACUGGAAAAGACUGUGAGCGGUGAGGAGCAACAGCUUCAGGAGACCAAGAUGGAGAAGCUGAAUUGUGUGCUGAGAAACACUUCUGGAAAAAGCAAGGUAGUGUUCUCUGCUGUGGAAGAGGCUAGUGUCUCAUUAGAAGAUAAUUCUCUUCAGAGCCGCCUACCAACACUCAGCAAGCGAAUGAGAAAAAUAUGCCGGGAGCUCACGAAGAAGGAUUCCCUUCCGGGUCUUGUGGAAACCCUUGAUCACUUUACAGGUGACAUCAUCACUGCUGUACAGGACCUACAGACUCUUGUAGUCGAUCAGACCGUUGAUAAAGACAAGCAGAGGUCAGAAGUCAAACAUAUUCUGAUGCAAAAGCAAAGGGCCUUAGCAGAUCUCUUCAAGCACCUCGCUGAGACUGGCCUUUCUUACCGUAAGGGACUUGCUUGGUCUCGAACAGAAGAUCCUCAGGAAGUUCUUUGCCUGCAUCCACUUGAUCUGAAGACUGCAAUAAACAUCGUUGAGAACAACGAGGAGCUGGAUGACGUGUUACUGACUGAGGUGUCUGCUGCAUGGGAUGGCUGUCAGAAGUACUUCUACCAAUCUCUUGCACGUCGGGCCGGGCUCCAGGCGGCCCUGUGCACCCCGGCUAAGGAACUUGGUCUUGGUAAUGUGGAACGGUGUCGAGGCUUCACAGCUCACCUUCUGAAGCUGCUGGUCAAGCAAAGGAUGCGACUGACUGGGCUAACAGAGCAGUGGGUCAGCUUGAGACAUCUGAUUAAAAGUGUACAAGAGAUUAAAAGGAGGCUGAUGGGGUUCCAGGAUUUCGAUGUAGCUCUGCCACCUCAAGAAGGCAUCAAAUAUUGGACUGACCGGCUCUACACUCUGUGUACGACGUUCGUGACGACUCUAGAGCAGGUUUCCUGGUUUCUGCAGUGUUGUCCACAAGAUCAGCUGCCUGAAGCCUAUGGCAGGGACCAGGAGGAGCACCGAACGAGCUGUGCUGACCAGAUGGUAGCUCUCAAAAGUGGCGGUGAAGGAUCUGCAGCACAGUCUUCUUUCCCAGAAGAUUUUGUCCAGUCACAUCUGAAGUUCCCCACACCCUUGGUCGCAGAGCGGCUGCCGACUGCCUGCAGGAUGAGGAGGGAGGAUCCAAUCUGGCAACAAGUGACUCGCUCGGUAGCCGACCUGCUGAAGGAGGUGAAAUCAGUGAAGGCAAAAGUGGACGCAAUUACCCACCGGCCCAGUGAGAAGUUGCUGCGCUCAUGGGAGAGUUUUGAGAUUUGUUCGUCGGGACUCAGCUUGCUGGGCAAAGCCACGGCCCAGCUGCAAGAGCUCCAGGCCCUCUUCAGCAUUCCUGCCUCGGAGGGCAAGUCUGGCUGCCCAGCAAUGUUCAAGAGCCUGGAGUAUGUUAAGGAUGAGAUCGGUCAGGCGGUGGAUGAGUUCGGAACUUGGGAGACUGAGAUGCUGAGCUUGACGGCAAGUGCUGAGAGUGUGACUUCAGCAGAAGAGGUUUCUGGGCAUGUAGAGCUGGUCAUUAGCACAGUGCUCUGUGCCAUUCAGACUGUGGUAAAGAGACAGCAGCAAGAGAGUGAACAAAAAACAGAGACCCAGGAAGGGAUUGAGGAUGGGGAGGUGAAGGAGGAGCUGCCCACAGUCCAGCCUGGAUAUCUCAGCAAAUGUUUGGAGGAGCAACUAGCCGCUGACGUCAAGUCUUUAAAUCUGCAGAAAGUUACUUCUACCAUUUUAGAGCUCCUGGAGAAACUAAAGGCAUAUCGCCAGGAGUGUGCAGCAGGACAGUAUCAGUUGUUCAAUCAAACCUGUUACUGUGUUGUGCGACUCCUGCCCAUGCUGACUACGUAUUCAGAGCUAGUUCUGUACUACCUGACUGUCUCUAUGACGACUCACAGAAGCAGCGGAAAGUUGAUGUCCAUUUUAGCCCAUUUGUUCACGGAGCUUGCUAUGAAGGGGUUCUGUCUCCCCAAAGAGUUAAUGGAGGACUCAGCAGGAGAAGGAGCCACAGAAUUCCACGAUUAUGAGGGAGGAGGAAUCGGUGAAGGGGAAGGCAUGAAGGACGUUAGCAACAAGAUAGAAAACGAAGAUCAGGUCGAGGAUACUUUCUCCAAAGAUCAAGAAAAGAAAAAGGAAGAUGAAGAAAAUAAACCUGACAUUAAGGAGGAAGAAAAUGCUAUAGAGAUGUCUGAUGAUUUUGAAGGAAAACUGCAUGAUGGAGAGCCCAGAGAUCCAGAAGAGGAGAACGAUGAGAAGUCAGAGAAUGAAGAUGAAGAGUUGGAUAAACAGAUGGGUGAUCUGGGCGGUGCUGAGGCUGACAAACUGGAUGAAAGACUUUGGGGAGACAAUGAAGAUGAAGAUGACAAUGCCAGUGUGCAGAGUGAAGACAGUGGCUCAGGGAUGGAUGAGGGAGAAUCUGAACUUGUUGCUAAAGAUAACAUGGACGAAGGAAAUCAAAAUGAGGACAAAAAAAGACAGGAGCAGGAAGAUGCGAAGGCAGAGGUUGAGGAAGGCAAAGAAAAAAUCAAUGAACAGCUGGAUGAGCGCGAAUACAAUGAAAAUGAAGUUGACCCAUACCAUGGCGAUCAGGAAAAGCAACCAGAAGUGGAGCCAUUGGACCUGCCCGAGGAUCUCAAUCUGGAGAAAGAGGAUGGGGAGAAAAGUGAUGGGGAGCAGGAGGAUGGAGAAGAUAAUCCCUACGACAUAGAAGAAAAGCCAAUGGACUUGGAUGAGAAGGCUCCAAAUGAGGAGGGGGAUCAGGUGGCAGACGAGAGCACUGAACAAGAUCAAGGUGGAGAAAAAGAUCUCCCCCAAACAGAGGAGGAGGCUGAAGAGAAAACCGAAGGACAGGAUGAAGCUGAGAGUGAAGAAAAAAACCCUGACGAAGACCAGGAAUCUGAGAACAAGGAAGAAAUGGGAGAUGAAGACAACAUGGAAGAGCAGCAGUCUAAGGAGGAUCAGCCGAAGGAAUCGGCGACAGAGGAAGAUGAGGGAGCAGUGCCAGCUGAUGAGGGAUUGCAACCAAAGGCAGAAGAUGAGGAAGACAACAACACAGACGACAAGGAUAUCACAGAGUCUGAACAGCGAAGGGAGCAUGAGGCUGACGGGAACACCGGCGAGGAGAACCUGCAGAGUGACACGGCUGUAGAACUGGCUGGAUCUGCGUCUGAGAAAGAUCAGGCCAAAGAGGAACACGGAAGUGGGGCUGCAGACGCCAGUCAGUCUGAGGGCCAUGAGUCCAAACUGAUGGCGAGGGUCUCAUCUCAAAAUCAGACACAGGACAAAACACAGAGCUUCAAGAGGAAGCCUGGCCAGGCUGACAAUGAGAGAACGUCUGGUGAUCGUAAUGAACAUGUGCACAAGAGACUGAAGAUGGUAGAGACCAAAAGUGAGGCACAACGCAAUACAUCACAGGCAGAGCAAAAGGUGGAAGUGGCUGAUUUGUAUGAACACAUCAAAGAAGGCAGUGAUCCCUAUGACGCACAAACCUUUGAUGUGGCCACAGAGGAUCAGCAGAAGCCAAGUGAGCAAGACAAGGAACAGGCUGAGGAGGAGUCUGAUGUUACAGCUAUGGAAACUGAUCAGGAGAAGGAGGAGGAACUGCAGAGUGUGGACAUACAGGAACUGAAACCAGAGAAAGUCCACUCUCCAUCUACUACAGUAUCAGGUUGUGAACAUCUUGAAGGAGACUUGCAGCCUCCCAAACUUGAGGACAGCGAAGACCAAAAAGAUGAAUCCAAAGAAGCAUCAAAUGAAGAGAAGCCCGAGAGGAGCAGGGAAUCCACCAUUCAUACAGUGCACGAACUGCUGACUGAGAGGACUCAAGAGAGGGAUGCUCAGGACCCAGAAGAAUUGCGCAAACAGCUGGAACAACAGCUGGAUGCUUGGCAAAGUGAGAAAGCUUGUAAUCCAGAAGAGGAGAAAGCUGUUGCUGAGAUGUGGCAGCAGUACCAGGCGUUGACAUCUCCAUUAUCACAGCAACUGUGUGAGCAGCUCCGACUUAUACUGGAGCCCACUCAGGCAGCUAAACUCAGAGGUGACUACCGAACUGGGAAGCGAUUGAACAUGCGCAAAGUGAUUCCUUACAUAGCCAGCCAGUUCCGUAAAGACAAGAUCUGGCUUCGCAGGACGAAGCCAAGCAAGAGGCAGUACCAGAUUUGUUUGGCUAUUGAUGAUUCUUCUAGUAUGAUUGACAACCAUUCCAAACAGCUGGCUUUCGAGUCAUUGGCUGUAAUUGGAAAUGCUCUCACGCUUCUAGAGGUUGGACAGGUUGCUGUAUGUAGUUUUGGAGAAAAUGUCCAGCUGCUGCAUCCGUUUCACGAGCAGUUCAGUGAUCAAUCGGGGGCAAGAAUUCUGAGAAGCUGCAAGUUCCAGCAGAAGAAAACUAAGAUAGCCCAGUUUCUGGAUUCGGCAGCCAGCAUGUUUGUUGCAGCACAGCAGCACGCCCAGCAGGGAAAUCCAGAAACAGCCCAAUUGCUGCUGAUAGUGUCUGAUGGAAGAGGUCUCUUCUUGGAGGGGAAAGAGCGAGUUACAGCAGCUGUUCAAGCUGCUCGGAACAACAAUAUCUUUGUCAUCUUUGUGGUGUUAGACAACCCAAACUCGAGGGAUUCAAUACUGGACAUCAAAGUCCCUAUAUUCAAAGGACAAGGAGAAUUACCAGAGAUUAAAUCCUAUAUGGAAGAAUUCCCUUUCCCAUUCUAUGUCAUCCUACGAGAUGUGAACGCUCUCCCAGAGACACUCAGCGACGCCCUCCGACAGUGGUUUGAACUGGUGACUGCAGCAGAUGAUUGAUGUGAUGGGAUUUAGCGAGCUGUCAGGUCAAACUGCUAUCGUCUUUCAUCAAUAAGAAUAAAAGUAUUAAAAACGCCAUUUAUUACUGCACAAAGUGUAGUAUGUUGUGUAUUGGUAAAGGAGGCUGCCUUAUGAGACGUGUUUAUAAUCUGAAUUCUCCUGUUCACAUUGAGAAUUGUACCACUCUACCCAUGGUGGUUUUUGUGCCAAAGGCACAGUUAAAUGUCUUGAAUGUGACCUGUCCAAAGGUUUGUGUGUUGCGCCUAAGUCUUGGGAAAGGUCACCCAUUCUGAAUACGUGACCUUUGUUAUGGGCAUUUAAGAAUAGCAGUUGGGGGUAGUUUGCUACUUUUAUGAAUUUUUCCAACGCUGUUGAGAUGUCAAUAAAAGGACUGUAUUUAUUAAUUAAUCAUUUAAUGUGAAUUUUUUUUUCAGCUCUUAAGACUGAAAUUAAACUUCAAAUGGCAUUCUUGUUUUUGCACCCCAUAUACAAAAUAAUCAUUGCAUUAGAUAUCCACACACAGCCAUUAAGUGAAUAACCAAAUUAGCUGCAGGAUUUAUCUGCUGUUUACUUGACGCCUCUUUUCAAAUAGUGUCACAGAAUCCUUAAUGUUCAUCUGAAUAGGCAGAUGGGACUUCGGUUUAAUAUCUCCUUCAAAGGACGGCACCUCUGGCAAUGCAUCGCUGCCCAGCACUGAAAUGGAAUGUCUUCCUAGAUUGCAAACUCAAACAUCCUGAUGUGGAAGUAGAACUUGGCAACCUUCUCUCUCUGAGCGCUACCAGUUGAGCCAAUUACUGUCUGACCUCUAAAUAUGCAAUGACAUCUGACUUUAUUUAAGAUGUGCUGGUAAUAUUGGGUGCUUGUGUGUCCUUUCAACUCUGGGACACAAGCUUGAUUCAAGGUCAAACUGCAUUGUUGAGACUUCUUCCUCCCCUGGCUGUUAUCAGGAUCCUUUCCUUCUAGCUGUCUGGCCAAUUACUGAAACAGUUACUGCCAUGGAGUUAAAACUG